AAAGCUUCCAGCUAAACGACGCCGUUCAUCGCACCCUUAGGUCCCUAAGUCGAACCCAGCCUCCUCCUCCUUUACUCCCCCUGUCGUCUAAAACCUCACAGAACUUUCUCCAAAACCCUACCGCCCAAGUGAGCUUCAGAGCUCAAAGCUCGAUACUAUUGGGAAGCCAUGGCUCGUUUCAAUAAUAAGAGGAAGCCAUUUGUGAAGCCCAUUGCAAAGAAGAAGCUGGCUACUGUGGACCAUAUCACAGGUGAUAAGAUUCCAAAGAGCUUUGUGUUCUCAAGAGGGAGGUUGCCUGGUCCUCUUAGGCAACUCAAAGCUGACUUGAAACAGUUGAUGAAUCCCCAUACUGCUCUCCAUCUUAAGGAGAAGAGAAGCAACACUCUCAAGGACUUUCUGAAUGUUGCUGGGCCUUAUGGGGUUACACAUUUCCUCAUAUUGUCGAAAACUCCAACUGCGCCCUACCUCAGAGUUGCCACAACUCCUCAAGGGCCAACUCUUACAUUUAAAGUUGAAGAGUACUCACUGGCAGUAGACAUCAGACGUUCUCAAAAGAAUCCUAGAUGUCCGAAAGAUCUCUUCAAGAAUCCACCCAUGAGUAUUCUUUCUGGUUUUGGAAGUGGCGGUGGCCGCAACCAAGAACCUCCACAGUUGAAGCUCAUAUCUGCAGCAUUUCGGAAUCUCUUUCCAUCUAUUGAUGUUAAUACUGUAAAACUUUCUUCCUGCCAGAGAAUUUUGUUGCUUCAUUACAAUGAAGACACAAAACUAAUUGAUUUUCGACAUUACUCUAUACGAUUAGAGCCUGUUGGUGUCUCCCGUAGAAUAAGCAAAUUUGUUCAGAAGCAUCAAGUACCUGAUUUGAGGAAUCUUCAAGACGUCAGUGACUUUGUCACAAAGGCCGGUUAUGGUUCAGAAAGUGAAGGUGAUGAUGAAGCCGCAACGGUAACCUUGGGUAGUGAUCUAGGUAGAGUGAAUCGGGCUUCAUCGAAAAGUGCUAUCAAGCUCCAAGAGAUAGGACCCAGGAUGACUCUUCGCCUGAUUAAGGUUGAGAAUGGAUUGUGUCAAGGCGCGGUCCUGUUCAGCGAAUAUGGUGAUGCACAGAGAACCGAAGAGAACCAUGUAAAAGCUGAAAACGAAGAAGAUGAUGACGAGGGAGAUGAUGAAAAUGAGUUAGUUGAUAGUGAGGACGAGGGAGACGAUGAUGAGGAUAUGGAGGAAAACUAGCAACUCGGUUGAAAUAUGUGAUGCAAAGAGAACCGAAGAGAACCAUGUAAAAGCUGAAAACGAAGAAGAUGGUGACGAGGGAGAUGAUGAAAAUGAGUUAGUUGAUAGUGAGGACGAGGAAGACGAUGAUCAGGAUAUGGAGGAAAACUAGCAACUCGGUUGAAAUGAAUUCAGAUAUUAUGUUUGUAACACCAAUGACGUUAGUUUACCCCCAUUUUGGUUUGUUUAAGUUAAAAUAUCUGUAGGUUGAGUUGAACAAUAUGAUGUCUUCAUUUUUAGGGAA